CUCUCGCUCUCUCUCUCUCUCUCUUGUGGAAUAAAUAAGAAAGACGACGCAGAGAAGAAGACGAGAGGUGAGAAUGGCGUAUGUUAGCAUGGGUGAAGCGCACCGGCGAAUCACUGAGUACCUAAACCGCUUCUGCGACGCCGUUUCCUACCAAGACUCAUCUAUGCUUUGUCGCCUCCUCUCUUUCUCUUCCAACUCCCCGUCUCUUCUCUCACUCGCCGACGCACUCAACGUCUUCCAGGAUGCUAGCAGUUUGAUAAGACAAUCUGAUAAGUUCUCUGAAUACGGCGAGAUCCUAGCUCACUUGUUUCGUUCUCUACAAAGUUACCGCGUUGGGAAUCUAGUCGAAGCAUACCUAGCUUUUGAAAAGUUUGCCAACGCUUUUGUUCAGGAGUUUCGUAAUUGGGAAUCUGCUUGGGCAUUGGAAGCUCUCUAUGUUGUUUGCUAUGAAAUCCGAAUUCUUGCUGAAAAGGCUGAUAAAGAGUUGACCUCUAAUGGAAAAUCGCCUGAGAAAUUGAAAGCAGCAGGAUCUCUUCUCAUGAAAGUCUUUGGAGUUCUUGCUGGUAAAGGUCCAAAACGAGUUGGAGCAUUAUAUGUGACUUGCCAAUUGUUCAAGACCUACUUCAAGCUUGGAACUGUCAAUCUUUGUCGAAGUGUGAUAAGAAGUAUUGAGACUGCUCGGAUAUUUGACUUUGAGGAGUUUCCAAGAAGAGAUAAGGUUACAUACAUGUAUUAUACCGGAAGAUUAGAAGUCUUCAACGAGAAUUUUCCUGCUGCUGAUACAAAGCUAUCAUAUGCCUUACAACAUUGCAACCCCAAAAGAGAACGGAAUAUAAGGAUGAUAUUGAAGUAUUUAAUACCAGUGAAACUUUCUUUAGGAAUCAUACCAAAAGAUGAGCUCUUACAAAAGUAUAAUCUUCAUGAGUACAUGAAUGUUGUGCAAGCUCUGAGAAAGGGUGAUCUCAGGCUUCUUCGGCAUGCUCUUCAAGAACACGAAGAUAGGUUCUUGAGGUCUGGUGUGUACCUUGUCUUGGAAAAGCUGGAGCUCCAAGUCUACCAGAGACUCAUGAAGAAAAUUUAUAUCAUCCAGAAGCUAAGUGAUCCGGCAAGAGCUCACCAACUGAAACUUGAAGUGAUUGCUAAAGCACUUAGAUGGCUUGAGAUAGACAUGGAUCUCGAUGAGGUGGAAUGUAUAAUGACGAUCUUGAUUUACAAAAACCUUGUUAAAGGUUAUUUGGCACACAAGAGCAAAGUGGUAGUUCUAAGCAAGCAAGAUCCUUUCCCUAAACUGAACGGGAAGCCUGUUGGCUCAUAGUGACUUGCGGGUUGUCCUUGUUGUUGUAUUAAGAAACCCUGUUUUAACCCGAGCUUAAUCUCAUUAUUUACUUCCAAAUUGUUUUUGAUAGUCUGAUAGAUUUGUUUUUGGAAUAAAAAAUGAUCUAAAAAGAAUCAGAACAUCCAGAUUGUUUUACAGGCUUGAAUAAUUUCUUUUUCCAUCUCAA